UAAAAAAUGACACAGUUACCAUAUUUUAUUUUAUUAGGGCUGUCCCAUAGCAUAUAUUAUUGUGAAAUAGCUAAUUACAACAAUGAGUUGUGCACACCAGAUAAAGUAAAGGCAAAACAAUUACUCCUAAAUGAGUGCCUUGACAGGAAAGAAGGUGCCUAUGCAUUUUCCCAAACACUCAUGAGACCAAGUGGUUCAAUAGCUGAGUUUUUAAAAAAACGCUGUGCAAUGAAACCUCAUUUAGACGAUUGUCUAGAUCUUUGGUUGGAUUUAAUAAAAGAGUGUGUCAAUGCCGAUGAUCUCAGAGGGCUGGAAGUUUGGAAAAAAAUCGAUACGGAAAUUAUAAACUAUGUUUGUGCUCACGAUGCCGAGGCAAUGACAAGUCUUUUAAAGAACAGAUACCACAGUUGUCGUCAAGGUUUAUCGCGAAUUUUAGCAGAUUGUUCUCGUAGUCUUGGUAUAACUGCUCCGUUUUAUGAAGUAGAUAAAGUACGGCAAAAAUGCAAUAAAAUUGGAACAAUGGAAUCAUGUGUAACCAGCAAACUUGAAAGAAAUUGCAUGAGGAAUGCAACAGAAUUGGCAAAACCCCUAUUUCAUAUUGUUAAAACUAAUUUAUGCAGUAAUGAACAUUAAUGUUAACUAACAAAAUUAUUAACCUGUUAACUAGUAUUACGCAAAGUACUAAAGGAUAAUUCAUAAAUACUAUGUAUCUAAUUAAUCGAUAGUAAUCAAAUAAAUAGUUGUUUUGUA